AUAAUCACAGAUAUAAUUUGAUUAAUAUGACCAAUAGAAUACCAUGUAACAUGCUCAUUAAUUAAUCAUUGGCACAUCAUCCCAUGCGAUUCGACGUGAGCAGAAUCACUGAAAACGACUCUUUCGUGAUUCCCGGCGUUUUGAUCAUCGGUUUCUCACCGUCAAGUAAACGAUGGACUCGUUUAUUUUUACAGCUUCGCUGCUUGUUCCUCUUGUCGCCGUGUUAUCGUCUCUCCCUUUACCAAUUAACGGCAGUAACAGGACUAGAACCGUAUUCAGAGCUAACGUUUCUCGGGUAGCCCUCGCUGUAACGUCUCUUCCGUUGUGUGCGUUCUUUAUCUGUGUGUGCAUUGCGUUGUUGAGGGAUUUCGACGGUGCAACCAGUACACACUGUGAUGUUCCGAAUCUCUUGCCAUCAAUAAGUGCAUCAAUCGGUGACUAUACACCUCAACGCUACAUAUGGAGAACGGCCAUUUCGUUACACAGCGGUCCACGUUUACUCUACGCUUAUAUGCAUAACACAUGGUUGAAAGGUCACAGCCAAGAAUCAACCAUUGAUGGCCAUACUUAUGAAUCAUUUUGUAAAAUAGCCUUCAUUUGUAAUUUGAUUGAAAUAUUCUCAUUGAUGUUGCUUACGUCGGUUUCAUCAACAGAAUAUUUUGCAUUUCAUGAGGCCUGCACUGUACUGUUUCUGUUAAUGUCAUUUGCUUACAUGUCAUUGGUAGUUUUACUGUUCCAUUGGUUGCCACAGCGACAUCGAGACUAUCAGUCUUCAAAAAUUAAAGUGAUUUGUUGGUUGGUGACAAGUAUUUCUAUUCUUCUGAUGUUAUACCUUUAUUGGAGACAUAAUAAAUACUGUGAACCAUAUGUUUAUACAGUUUUUGCCUUUUUUGAAUACAUAGUUGUUCUAACUAAUAUGUGUUUCCACGGGACAGCAGCACUGGAUCUGAAAGAUAAAGAAAUUAUUGUGUCUUCCGAGAACUCCAGAACAUGGCAAGAUGUAUAAAGCAAUAAAUAACUCAUUAUCCAGAUACGAGUAAGCCAAUAUAUAAAGAUUCCUGUAUAUGCAAAUUACUAUGUCAUUUGACAGUGCAACCAAAAUACGCCCUCGGUGUUCAUUCUCCA